AUGGGGCCACAGACGCAGAAGUGGACCAAGAGCGCUAAGCUCUCCAGUACGCAGCUGACUCAAGGGACUGAGGAGCCCUUCCCUGCAGGCAGAAAAGAUUUGGAAGAGAGGAGGAUUAAGAUCACAUCUCCCAGCGACCCAGAGGCUGGAGCUUGCUCUAAACGCGUCUCUGGGAUACCAUCUUCAACAAUGACUGCUGGCCCAGCGGACUACAAACUAUUAAUAGCGGCGAGAAAAGCGGAGUCCACAACAGCUGUGGCGCGGCCGCCACGAAUUACGGGGAGCCGCACGGCGCCCCCUGGAGGCCUGAGCGAGCUCGGCAGCGCGGUGGUGAGAAUGAGCUCGGAAAGGUCCCUGCUGCGGUGGGAGUGGAAACUGUUCAACAGCUUUGAAGAGCAAUCCGGCACUAUCUAG